GCCCUGCCCGGGGAGCCGAGCGGGUGUGUGCGGCCGUUCGCUGCGGCCGUCCGCUGCGCCCCGCGCCAUGCUGCCGCUCCUGCGCCGCCUCGCGCUGCCCGCCGCCUGCGACGGGAGCCGGGAUGGCGACUCGCGCUACGCCAACCUCUUCAAGAAGCUGGACCUCAACGAGGAUGGGAGGGUGGACAUCGCCGAGCUCCAGACAGGCCUCCGGGCCAUGGGCAUCCCGCUGGGCAAGGAGGCGGAGGAGAAAAUCUUUAAAGCUGGUGACACUAACCAGGAUGGGCAGCUAGAUUUUGAAGAAUUUAUGCAGUAUCUUAAAGAUCACGAGAAGAAAAUGAAACUGGCAUUUAAGAGCCUGGACAAAAACAAUGAUGGAAAAAUUGAACCAUCAGAAGUUGUCCAAUCCCUCAAGAUACUGGGUAUAAACAUUUCAGAAAAACAGGCAGAAAAGAUCCUGCAAAGUAUUGAUGCUGAUGGAACAAUGUCAGUAGAUUGGAAUGAGUGGAGAGAUCAUUUUAUGUUUAACCCUGCUACGGACAUAGAAGAAAUAAUCCGAUAUUGGAAACAUUCCACUGUGCUGGAUAUUGGAGAUAGUUUGACUGUUCCAGAUGAGUUCACAGAGGAAGAGAAAAAGAGUGGACAGUGGUGGAAGCAGCUCUUAGCAGGAGGAGUGGCUGGUGCUGUCUCUCGAACAGGUACAGCGCCUUUAGAUCGUCUAAAAGUAAUGAUGCAGGUUCAUGGUUCAAAAUCAAACAAAAUGAAUAUUGCCAGUGGUUUUAAGCAAAUGUUGAAAGAAGGCGGUGUUCGAUCCCUCUGGAGGGGAAAUGGUGUAAAUGUUGUCAAAAUAGCUCCUGAGACAGCUAUUAAGUUCUGGGCUUAUGAGCAGUAUAAGAAGAUACUCACUAAGGAUGAUGGAAAUUUAGGCACCAUUGAAAGAUUUGUAUCGGGUUCUUUAGCUGGGGCAACAGCACAAACUUCUAUUUAUCCCAUGGAGGUUUUAAAGACCAGGUUGGCUGUGGGUAAAACAGGGCAAUAUUCUGGGAUGUUUGACUGUGCUAAGAAGAUCUUGAAAAGAGAAGGUGCAAAGGCCUUCUACAAAGGCUAUAUUCCUAACAUUUUGGGUAUAAUUCCUUAUGCUGGGAUUGAUCUUGCUGUUUAUGAGCUCUUAAAGACUACGUGGCUAGAACACUAUGCAUCAAGCUCUGCUAACCCAGGGGUUUUUGUGUUGUUGGGAUGUGGUACUGUUUCCAGCACAUGUGGGCAGUUAGCCAGUUAUCCUCUUGCUCUUGUCAGGACACGCAUGCAGGCUCAAGCCUCGGUGGAAGGAGCUCCACAGCUAAACAUGGUCAGCCUCUUUCAAAGAAUUAUUGCUACAGAAGGAAUCCAAGGACUUUAUAGGGGCAUAGCCCCUAAUUUUAUGAAAGUUCUUCCAGCUGUCAGUAUCAGUUACGUUGUGUAUGAAAAAAUGAAGCAGAAUUUAGGAAUAGCUUGAAGUAGAAAGGUGAGAUUUCUAAUUUGGUUGGAAUUAUCAGAACAAAAAUGAUUUCUUCAGUAAUCUGUUCUUACAAUUAGAGACUAUGGAGAUAUGCUGCGACUUCUGUUUUUUAUUCUCCAGUGGGAGGAAACUUUCUUAAUUUCUAGUUCACCAUUUGUAAACAGAUACCUAUGUUGCACUUUAAUGUCACUAAAUUGAGGGGAAAAAAGCCUGUAUAUUUAAAUCAAGUAUAUGCCUACAUAUUCAUAAAUCAUGCAUAUUUUAUUCUAUUGUCUUCUCUAACUGAACUUGUCUCACAUGAAACCAAAGGUAGAAGAAGUUCAUACUGCCUUGAUACCGAAUUGAUGAAAGUGACUUUGUUUUGUCAUGCUGCCUGUCCUCAAGCCAUUCACAGAAAAUAUUUUGCACUUCUGGAAGUAAGCACUUGAUAUCAUUUUUGAAGGCAAUCUGAGUUCUGAAUAUUGUUACCUUAGAUACAGAAAGGGAUAGUGUAACACAUUAAAUGUAGCCCACCACCUUUAUUUUCAAGCUAAUGUUGAAACGUUUUUUCUAUAAUGAAUAUGAGCCUGAGAAACUACUGUUCCAUGGUAUCUAGAAUACCUCAAUUGAUUUAUAUCAUGUUUUUUGUAAUGGAGUCAAUGAUUUUGGUAUCUUGCUUCUUUGGACCUGCCUUUGCACUUGUAAAUGCUAGCAUGACAAGCUCUCGAUUGCAGUUAGAUGUUUUAUAGAAUCACAGUAUACAGAAACAGAAAAAGCCUACUGGGUUACUGGAUCCAUUCCUACAAUUGUAAGUUACUAAAGAUGAGGUGAAGGAUCCGGUAUGAAGCUAAUAAUGAAUUAGCUGUUGGCUGUGUUAGAAGAAACCGAUUUAGACAAGAACUCAAGCUCAUCAUAGCUGCCUUGAAGAGCAAAAGGCUUCUUGUUCAUAAUUUCUUCCCUUACUCUCAAAGGGUUACAGUCCCCUAUGUGCUUUUAGCAAAUAAGGGAUUGUGUUGUUAUGUAAAGUUUUUAAAGGCUUGUCAUGAAGGACAAAUCCGCUUUCCCUCACAGUUUUGUGUGCUGUCUAUGAAAUUUGGGUCAUGAAAUAUUGAAGAUUCUGUCUGUGUGGCCAAAUGCAACUGUGGCUCUCUAAUGUCCAUCAGGUUUGUGUUAACAAAGCAAGUGAAGCACACACAGGGAACUUGUAAGUACUUGAGAAAACAGUUCCUCAUUUAAAGAAGAAAACCAAAGCAGCACUUUCUCCACAUAGAAAAUAGGUAUUUCCAUGUAUAAGCCACUUCCUUUAUUUCUUGGAGGGGUGUGGAGUUGGGGCUGGUGGUAUCAUUUGUCUUAUUUCAGUGGCCUUCAGUCCCAGUUAGUGAGAUACUACUGCUGAACUCCAUUGUUAUGCUUUUUCUGCAGUCUGUAUGAUGUCUUAAUUCUUUUUUUUACAGUAAUCCCAAAUUUACAGAGAUAAUCUUUAUACUCAACUUGACCUUCAAAAAGCACUUCUUUGACCACUUCCUAAAUUGGAUUAUUGCAGGAAGAACUUAGGUCCUAUGCUAAGUUCCUGUAAGGCCUUUGAGGAUCUGUGUGUACACAUGAAGCCAAACACACAGACAGCUGCCCAUGCGUGUGUGUGUGUGUGUACACAAUCAAACACAUCAACAAGUGCCCUUUGUUCCUUGUAUGGAAGACUGGGCCAUGUUCUUCAGUCAGCAGGUCAGAUGUAUGUCUGUGUUCAGUGCUUCCAUGAUUAUUUUUUACUUCAUAAACUGAUACAUGACUUCCUAAGAUUUGUAUUAUAAAAUGUUUUAUCAGAUUUUAGAAAAUGACAGCUUUGGCUGUGUCUUUUGGCCUUCAGUUUAUGGAAAGCUUGGACUUUGCACUUUUUUAAAAAACUGAGAAGUCAUUCUAUCCAAAUCAUCUGUGUGUACAAAGCCUUUCCAAUCUGAAUGUUUCUUGGUUUUGCCAACAUGUUUGUAUCUUGUGGGAUUUUUGAGAUUUUGAUGUUGCCUGGUCACGUCUGACUGACCAAUGAGCCACUGUGUGUGUGACGACUUCAGAAAUGUCUGUCUUUCAGACUUGGUCCUUAUUUUUGUGUGCAAGUGCCAUUAUGAAUAUUGAAAAUUAUGCUGGUGAUGCUUUCAAACAUUGAAAAGAUGGAGUCGUCUUCAAAUUUCAUUUUUCAUUAUGUGCCUCUGUGAUGACUGUUCAUUUGUAUAUUCUUUGUCUCUUAAGAAAUAAAUGCUUAUCUUUUUAGCUAUAUAAAAACACGAGUUUGUAAUAAAUGUUUUUCUUUAUCUGGUUCAAGUGUGCUGAUCUUUUUUGUGGCUGGUAGACAGGUGAUGUUUCUUUAUUGCAUAGGUGUAACUUGCUGUAAAAGAGAAAUAAACAAUUUAUCUAAUGGUGUUUUUAAGACUAGCCUAUACUUCAUUUCUGUUUCAUAUUUGGAAAUGUUGUUUGAGAUGUUUUAUAGUUGAUUAUCAUUCUGUCAAAAAAAAAAAACAAACCCUCUCACUCCAUAAUGGAAGAUCAAAUAAUGGUCAGUAUUUUUUGCUUGUUCAUUGGGCAAUGUAACAACAUGAUUGCACCUGCAUGACUGAAUUCUUAAUCAUCAGGUAAAUAUGUUUGCUUGUGUUCUUGAUGUUUAUCUUCCUUUGAUGUUAAUCUUCUAAGUGAAAGGAUCAAUACAAAGCCUUUUCAAGGUAAUUGCCUUAAUUAACUCUAUGUAGCAUGUUUAUCUUCCUAGAAUCAUGCUUAGUAGAUAGCUUUGACAGCCCCCUGAGUUUCUCACACUAAUAUUUCCAAUAGUUAAAGAAAACUGUAAAACAAAGCCUUUGGGAGGCUUGUCUUGUCUCUGACUAAUGUCAAUCUCUGACUUCUUGUAAAAAAUUAAAAAAAUAAAAAAAAAUUAGAAGUUUCAUUUCAAAUAGUGGAAGUGGUAAUAGUUUACAGAGCAUGUACUGAAUUUAAAAAAAGAAGAAAAGACAUUUGGUUCUACUUGAGACAAGAAUACUUUUAACAGAGUGGAAAUUGUCUGCAAAUGCUAGGCUGUCCUUGAUAUGUCUCAAUAAUCAAGCACUGAUCUCAGUGCCUGAGUUGUGUGGUCCUUUCCACCCUCACAGGAAAGAAAAUCAGUCUCACUGUAACAUGGGUAUUAACAAUGUUACUCCCAAAUUAACCUACUGAGAAACGGAGUUCUCUGGUCUUGAUUGAAAGCCCCUUCCACGUGCAGGAGCUGUUUCAUGGGUAGUAUAUUUAUUUCAGACAUCUCAUACCUGCAAUGCAUGUAUUUCUCAGUGCACAGCUUGUAACCAUUAUUUCCAGCUGCUUGCAACUACAGGCAUCUUAUGCUGAAAGAGCACUGAGGCAACAGGAAUAGUCAGCUAUGGAUUUACUACCAGUGUAGCACAGCAUGCUUCUUGCCUUUUGGAAAUAUUUUGAUCAUCAUCCUGAAGUUUGUUGUAUGUUGGUCAGGGAAAAUAAAAUGCUAAGCAGCUGUUAAAGCCACUUCAUCCAAUUUCUUUUAGCUUUCAGUGUGUUGCAUUGACGUGUUAUCAUAUAGUGAAAUAAAGCAGUUGGGAGGUGCGUUCUUAGAAGUUCUUAGAUGAGUGGUGACAGAUUUGCAGGUUGCUUUCUCCCUUGUCUUAAAAUGUUUAGUCUGAAGCAUUUUAAGUAGUACCAUCCUUGUUAUGCCUCUGUUUCAAGACGGGAAUGCAGAGAUGGUCCCUGUAUAUUGUAUAAAAAAACCUAACAUGCUUAUAAUUUAGUACUACCUCUUCAGUUGGAGAAACAAGCAUAAAGAGGGUGUAAAUCAGGCAGAGUCACUGUUAAAUUAAUAAGUUCAUAGACAAAGAAAAGCCUUCUUUGUUCUUGCUUUGAGGUAUGUCAGGCAUCAGUGCUGCUCAGUAAGAUGAAAACUGGCUAGUACUGUAGAAAUGGCUUGGAAUUCAAGGCUGCCACUUUUUUAACGUACAGUUAAUGAUUGAGGUGGAUGCAGUGUAUCUGCUCCAGAGGCUGUAGCAGUGGCAUCCUUCACAGUUGCACCAAGGAGGCCCAUGCUGCCUUGCCUGCCUGGUAGUGGAAAUGCUGAGAAUGCUGAAUGCUGAACCCAGCUGGGCAGCUUUCUGCAAAAGAAUAUUGGGUGCUGCAUCACAAGUUGGGUGGGGCUGUGUGUGCAGCUGCUUCACUGCCAAAUCAGCCUUCUGAGGCCCAGCUGCUGUUGUGGGCUCUGUUGUUUCAAAUAUCAGAGCUGGCUGUGUUUGCCUGCAGCAGUGUAUAUUGGUAUGCUUUCAGUCCAUUACCAUCUCUGAAGGUAGAGAGGUAUGGCAAGGAGUGUAUCACAAUAUGUGAUGUUGCUAUGUAUGAAUUACUGAAAUAUAAAAGGAUGCCUUAACCUGCAGGCUAUUUGUUGUGUAAGAAAGUGUGGUUUUGAAUGCUUACCUCUGUUAUCUAAAUGGUCUUGGGAAUGGCUUUUGAGGCUUAAGUUAAAAAAAAAAAACAAAAAAAAAAACCUAAUGUAAACUAUUUUGUGGAAAUGUAAUUGGUGAGGGCUGUGGAUAUUCAACACAGCGGCUUUAGUAUAUUAGCAGCCCUGCUUUAUGAAUUGUUACUUUAUUUAAAGCAAGUCUGAGGUUCUGACAACUGAAAAAUACUUUUGUAUUUUGGCAAUAUUUGUGAAAUUCAGGGUAUGUGUUACUUGUGUUCCAUGAACUAAAUGAUUGUGUGAGUUUUCUAUCUCUAAGCUCUUAGGCUGUUUUGUGAAAUAGUCAGCAGUGGUAUCGUGUGUAUAGUGUAUAUAUUUAAAUCUACUUAGUAUCCAUAUACACAUAUUGAAGGACAUUCUCUUAUAUGUAUGAAGCUUUUCCUUGUCUGUAUGAAGUUGGUGCAUCCCUGUUGUGCAGUAGCUGGAGCAGCUCCCAGAACAGCCAUUUAAUUGAAUGCUUUUAAAGCAGCAAAGCUGUCCCUGCAGGUAUUUCUUCUGCUUGCUGACAGUAUGAGGUUGAAGUAGCCAUUAGGUUCUCUUAAAUAAUGUUGGUAGCACACAAACUAAAAUCCAGACUGUUUUGUGCCCUGUAGACUCACGUAAAGCAGAAUGUCUGGUAUUUCUUGGAAAUAGGGUGAAGGAAAAAACAUUGUUGAAAGGUGAAAGUACAGUAGAUGAACUUCUGAAUGGAUAGACUUGUCUUACACUUGGCAUUUUGCUAACAUUUUACCCAUGGUUGAGCUCUUGCUUGAGCACUUGCACAGAAGCACUCAUUACAAAGCAAAUGCAGGAUGUUUUCAAUCAUUAAUAAUUGGUUCAUGCAUGGUUUGUGUAUGAAUCAGUCUCCUUGGUGAGCCUCAGCAGUCCCCCCUGAUGUGUGUGGAGGAAAUGCAUGACUUCACAUUGAAUUCGAGCAGUGCCAUCUACUGUUGUAUUCUAAUACUGAUUUGAGAGGAAAAAAAAGCUGUGUAGAUGAAACACCUGAGUUAAUUCCUUGGAGUUAUCUUUGCAACAAAGGCAAAACAGUUGGUGAUGAUGAAGCACGAACCCAUUUGAGCCAUAUUGUUAGUUGUGAUUGUGGCAUUGUGAAUUAACUUAGUGCCUAAGUGCAGUACACUUCAGUGUGAAUUACAGAAAGCAAGGAUCGUCAUCUCUGCUUUAAGGUAAGGAUAAAAUCCAUAGCUCGUAUCAAUUCCUGUGUCUGUCUUUCAAUGAAAAUAAUUUGAAAUAGAAAAUAGUCCCUUUUCCCCCUCUUUUCUCAAAAUACUUUUUAAAUGUAAAAUUCCCAGUGAGUUCUGCUGGUGAGUAGAAAGCUGCUUCACCAGUGUAUGACUGAAUAACAGCUGGUACAACAUUACCUGUUAUGUUUGCUGAGUACUACAUUUAAACAUUUCUCAGUGAUGCUGGGAUCAAGCUGGAUCAAGGUCUGCACUGAGGCUUAUGUUAGCUCUUCACAACAUCAAAACACUAUAAUUGAGGGCAAGUAGAAGACUUCUUGCCACGUGUAAAACUUGUAACAGCAUCAUGGUGCAGUUACUGAUUUGUUUUAUGGACAUGUUGCUUGAAAAUGUAUAGCAUCUCUGGACAAAGUCCAGCCCCCUCUUUUGUCUCCAUCUUUGGACUUUUUAGCAAAUACUCUUCUCUUCACAGCCUAGCUAUGUGUUUGACACAACUCAUUACCUCCUGUCUACCACUCCCAUCCUAGUCUAAUACUCUAAUUAUAUUUAAUUGUAGGAAUUAAAUGUAUGCCUUUCCUGUUGUGGAGCCAAUCAGCAUAUUGAAGCAUAUGGCAGAAGUCUUAUUAUAAUAUGUUUUUUCUCCCUGUUGAGCAGGCUGCAUCCUGGAGGCCAAAUCACAUAUCUAAAUAAACCCUGUGAGAUCCCCUGCAGUGCUGGGAAGCCCAUGUUGUGUUAGUGAUCUCUGAAGGAAAUCUUGCAUGUACAACCAGUGGCAGCUGGCUGAUUUGCACAGACCACAUUUCACUCAGAGCCUCAUGUUUUGUAUUCACUUAUGCUUAGCACCUUGACUUUUGAGCUCAGGCCUUGGACUACCUCUCUGUUCUUUCACCUUCACCUUUUGUGAAGGUAAGCGUAUGCUUCAGUAAAGCCAAUGGUUUCAACUGAAGGAAAAAAAAAAUGCAAUAGUGACUAUGUUGCAAGGUUGCCAUUCAGUGUCAUUU